AUGCCCACGCCGCCUAGUAACCAUGACAGACCGACUGUGAAGGCAAGCGAUGAGACGACGCCACUCCUUGCUAGUGUGGAAACUGCACUGUUAGCGGGACCUGCCGACCCGUCGCAUGAAGCUGCUGAUGGCAGCGCUGAGGAAGCAGUCGGCCAAAACAACGACCAAGGAGACGCGGAUCAAGUACCUCUACCAAAGGCACAGAUCUUCCUACUGUGUUACACGAGGGUCGUGGAACCCAUUGCUUUCUUCUCGAUUUUUCCGUACAUCAACUUUAUGAUCGAGAAGGUUGGUGGCGUCGAGAAAGAGGAUGUUGGCUUUUAUUCGGGAUUAAUUGAGAGUCUGUUUAGUGCGACGCAGAUGUGUGUUAUGAUAUUCUGGGGCAGGGCUUCUGACAAAUGGGGAAGGAAGCCUAUCCUCGUCAUCUCGCUCUUCGGAAUCGCUAUCUCUACAACGCUAUUUGGGCUAAGCCAGUCUCUGUGGCAGAUGAUUCUUGCCAGAUGUGUCGCAGGCGUCUUUGCUGGGACCGUCGUGACAGUCCGGGCUAUGCUCAGUGAGAACAGCACGAAAUAUACCCAGGCUAGGGCGUUCAGCUACUUUGCUUUCGCUGGGAACCUAGGUCUCCUUUUUGGGCCGCUGCUCGGUGGUCUGCUCGAGAGGCCUGCUGAGAAGUUUACUUCAACCUUUGGCAAGGUCAAAUUCUUCCAGGAUUACCCAUAUGCCUUGCCGAACAUGGUCACCUCUGCUGUUGCUAUAUCUGCAGCUAUUACAACCUUGCUGUUCGUCAAAGAGACCCUGCAUAUCCAUCAUAGCAACAAAAAGGCUAGCGGGCCUCCCAUGUCUGCCUGGCAACUCAUCAGAUACCCUGGGGUGACACCUGUUCUAUUAGUCUACAACUACGUUAUGCUCUUAGCAUUUACCUUUACGGCCGUUUACCCAGUCUUCCAAUAUACGCCCGUUCGCCUCGGUGGCCUUGGUUUCACACCAGAGCUAAUCGCCGCCUGCACCGGGUUAACAGGAGCCUCUCAAGCAAUUUGGCUGCUUUUCAUUUUUCCUGUUCUACACAGACGUGUGGGCACCGGAAGACUCCUUUGGUGGUGUGCAUGUGUAUGGCCCGUCUUCUUCGCACUGAAUCCAAUGUUCAGUGUCAUGCUUUCACAUGGAAAGAAAGCUUUGUUUUGGUCUACCGGUCCGCCGACCUUGGUGCUGGGAAGUGGAGUCGCCAUGGCGUUUACGGGUGUGCAACUCGCCCUCAAUGAUAUCGCGCCCUCGCACGAGACGUUGGGUACGUUGAAUGCCAUCGCACUUGCGGCUCAGAGUGGGUUACGCGCCGUUGCACCGGCCUUAGCAACAAGUCUUUAUGCCAUCGGUGUCAAGUACCAUAUUCUAGGCGGCGAACUGUUCUGGCUGUGCAAUGUUGGUCUAGCGCUGGGUUUGCUGGGCGUGUUGAGGCGACUUCCCGCGAAGGCAAAGGGAGAGGUUACACGGCAGCGGAACGGUGGCGCGUAG